AUGAAAGCCCCAUCAGGAAGGCCAUCAAAACAGGAAAUGAGGCUAUGGCAAAGGGCCUCCGGAGCGCUGAAGGACCAAAAUAGCAUCUUCAUCGCCGGCCUUUCACGGCGGACAGCACUCCGGAACCCCGAUAUAGAGGCGGCCGUCAUCAGAGCCACCAGCCACAACGACUCCUCCAUCGAUUACCGGAACGCCCAGAGGAUCUACACAUGGGUCCGGAUGUCACCUGCUUUCCUCAAACCUAUCGUAUGGUCGAUAUCGAUACGACUCGAGAAGACUCGCAGCUGGGUGGUGGCACUCAAAGGUUUGAUGUUAAUGCACGGCGUUUUUUGCUGUAAAGAGCCCGCGGUUCAAAUGAUCGGAAGGUUGCCAUUUGACUUAUCAAACUUCAAAGAUGGACACUCUAAUCCUGGGAAAACAUGGGGGCUUAACGUUUUCGUUCGCGCCUAUUAUGCAUUUCUCGAUCGAAAAUCUACCUUUCUGUUCUUAAAUUCGCAGGAACGUAAAGGAAGGAGACGAGGAUCAGAAGAAUCAACCUUGAUGCAAGACCUUGUGAGGUUGCAGAAACUGCAAGGUUUGGUUGAUAUGUUGUUUCAGAUAAAGCCACAAGCCCAUGGAAUGAUUGGGACUCUUGUCCUUGAAGCCAUGGACUGUGUUAUCAUUGAAAUUUUCGACAUGUAUAGCAUAGUAUGCAAUGGGAUUGCACGAGUUCUCGUGAGGAUUUAUUCAGCUGGGAAGGUUGAAGCAGCCAUGGCGCUAAAGGUGUUACAGAAAGCAACCGAGCAGGGCGAAGAGCUGUCGUUGUAUUUCGAGGUCUGCAGAGAUAUUGGCGUUAUAAACGCGUCGGAAUGUCCCAAGAUUGAGCAAAUUCCAGAAGAAGAUAUUCGAGAACUCGAGGACAUAAUCAAUGGAGUUUCAGAGAAAUCUGAUAUGAAUCGUUCAGUCCCACAAGAGGAAAAGGCCAUUGUUUUGAGGGAAGAUGAACAAAAGUAUUCCAAGAGCUCUCUGAAGACUAUUGUUACAGAUAAUUGGGAAGUGUUUGAUGAAGACUCAAUGAAGAUCAAUGGAGAAAGUCGUUCAGUUGCCAUGGAAAAAAGUAUGGUGAGAGAAAACCCAUUUGCAGUCUCUUUGAUUCCUUCAGCUCACCACCAUGUAUAUGCUAAAAGUGAAGAUCUUCCAGAUUUGAUUAGUUUCUUAUAGCUCAAAUUGGAUUUGCAUUCCCAUUGAGAAGCCUUAUUGACUGCCCAAAAAUAUACACAUCUAUAGAUGGAAUUAGAAGGAAAUAUCAUAUUUUUUAAAAUAUUCAACAGACAAUAACUAUGUAAUCAUAUUAUUUUUAUAUUAUGAGUAAUUGUUCUAAUAUGUC